AUGUCAUCCACCAGCAGGAAUGUCAUCCCCACCGAAGAUGAAGUCAGGAAAGCUAUUAUUGAGCUGAAAAAAGGCAACCCUGCUUCUGGCGUCGCCAAAAUCCACAGCCUCUUACUUCACGCAAAUUCAUCAUGGACGGUCAGCGAAAAACGCGUCCGAAAGAUCUUGCAGAGUGAAGGGCUCAUCAAUUCAGACCCUGGGACGCCCAACAGUACAACCAACAUCAUCCAUCCAUCUUUUCGGCUCAAUAAAGCCUCGAUGGUAGAAGUCAAGUACUUCGACGCGGUCAAGGGCAAGGGCCUCGUUGCUAAAGAAAAUAUAGCCAAAGGGGAUGUUUUAUGGAAAGAGGAUCCCUUCAUCCUGGCCCCAGAAUGGGAGAUCUAUGAUCUCCAGCACUUGUCUGAGGCGUGCUCCUUCUGCUCGUGCAUCAUCCGCGAUCAUUCCCCGUUGCAUAUAUCCUGCGAGGCCUCCACAACCGCAACUCCCUGCACGGCAAGAUACUGCAAUAGGCUCUGCCGUCUGCAGGCAGAAAAAGUACACCCUCUCCUAUGUUCCGCACGCAAUCCCGCAUCUGUACCACUCCUUGCCUUCGCAAGAGAUGCGCAGUGGAUGGCCCUGCAUGCUCUCGCGCAGUGCACCAGCCGACUUUUACUGGCUUCUCAGCAGGAUGCUGCAACGUUCGACUUGGACUGGGAAGUAGUCCAGGGCCUCGCUGAGCUUGGGAUGGAAGAACGUGCUCAGUGUCUUCGCGAGCAGGGAUUAGAGCCCGAUCGCGACAAUUGGCGGAGAGCCUUUGAAUUGUAUUUGCAAGCAUUCAAAGAACCUCGGACACCUGCAGAACAGAAAAAACUCGCACGCGUCUUGAAAAAGCCAAUUUCCGAAGAGCUACAGAAAUUUACUUUCGAAUAUCAGGCCUUCUUACGUGGCUUGGGCCGCAUGAGUCUCAAUCUGGAGGCCCAUGGCGGACUGUACAGGCUGCACUCUCACCUUAACCACAGUUGCACUCCCAAUGUUUCGAUAAGACACUUGGACCAGCGCACCGCGCUCUCGCGCAUCACAGUGAUCGCAAAGGAGGAUUUCGAAAUAGGCCAGGAGCUCCUCAUUACAUACACCAACCCCCAGAGCAGUCUCAGGGAUCGACGCCGGAGAUUAUCGGAGUGGGGAUUCGGACCUUGCCGUUGUGAGCGCUGUGUUACGGAAGAGAAGGUUUGGAAGGAAUCAGAUAGCAACACCCAGGAAGCAGACGAUCUCGCAGAUCAGCUCAAAGCCGGUCUAGGAGUGUUAUAGGAUGUGUCAUUGAAUAAUCGGUCACUAGGAUUAAUUUCCGUCAAGCAAGCGUCCGAGAUCCCCGUGCUCUUUUGUAGUCGCAACGUUCGGGCCCCAUCGUCGCUAUUACAGGCAUUCACAGAUCGGAUCACUUUCUUCA